AUGCUAUUCAGCUCUACAAGGGCAUACGGAAUGCGUAAUAAGGAACUGACAACAGAAUCAUAUAUUGAAUAUGAUGAGAUAUACAAUUCAGAUAUAAUCAGCUCUGAUGAAGAGUACCGUCAGCGCCAUCUUGAAAGAAACGUCAGCCUUCUGUUGGAUCAACUGAUCGCUAGUCAUGAUCGACGGAUCAGACCCAAUUAUGGUGGGGCACCAAUUGAAGUUAAUGUUACCAUUCAUGUGACUACAAUAAGCGCUGUUUCAGAAGUUUCAAUGGAUUACACAGUUGACUUAUACUUACGUCAGUUCUGGCGAGAUAGCCGUCUAGCAUUUGCGAACAACGAUGAAACAAAAUUAACUAUUGGAGUUGACUUAGUGAAGAGUAUUUGGGUUCCAGACACUUUUUUCCCUAAUGAAAAAAAAUCAUUUUUUCACGAAGCAACCACUCAUAACUCGUUUCUUCGAAUCGAUAACAGAGGGAAUGUGUUGCGCAGUAUUAGGCUUACAGUGACCGCUAAUUGUCCGAUGAAUUUACAAAGCUUUCCAUUAGAUGUUCAAAUUUGUGCGUUGGAAAUUGAGAGUUAUGGCUACAGCACUAGAGAUAUCAUUUAUCACUGGCAUUUGGGUGAAGAUUCAGUAACUAUUGACGAAAAUUUUCACUUGGCACACUUUACUAUUGGCGAUCACACUCACGUUGAACGUGUUAUCUCUCUCAGCACAGGAAAUUAUUCAAGACUGUCAACUUACUUCACUUUCAAAAGAAACAUCGGAUUUUACUUGAUUCAGAUAUACUUUCCAUCCUCUCUAAUUGUUGUCAUUUCUUGGGUGUCGUUCUGGUUGAAUCGUGAUGCCACCCAGGCUCGAGUUGCAAUCGGUGUUACCACAGUACUGACUAUGACAACUUUGAUGACCUCAACAAACGCUACAUUGCCUAAGGUAUCAUACGUCAAAAGCUUGGACAUUUUCCUUGGUACUUGCUUUUUCAUAGUGUUCGCAUCUUUAGUGGAGUAUGCAGCAAUCGGUUAUCUGAUGAAGCAAUCUGGAAAAACACGUGGCACUGCGGUCACAACAACUUGUUAUUACGAGUCCACGGGAAACUCACCAGUGAUACGAAGAAAUCGCCCGGUGGGACGAAAAAACUAUACUUUUAAGAACCAGCUUGAAAAAGACUUCGAACAAGCAAUACCAUUACUGACACAAAGAUCAGAAAAGUUAUUACGUAUGAAUCCAGUAGUGGUCAACGCUAGUGCUAAUAAAUAUUCAACUAUAUGCUUGAGGAUACGACCAUCGCAGGUUCAAAGGUUAUAUCGAUUGCAAAAUGGUGAUAGUUUAGGGGCAAAAUAA